UUCCUCUUGCGUUCACGUAUCUUAACAGAUAAGUGUCGAGUUUUUUUACAGCAAGAAAUUGUUCAAGUAGAAAAUAUAGAACAAGACGAAGAUUGGUUAGUUUAGCCGUAAACGAUAUUGUGGACUUCCGACAGGAUUCCGUAGAGGAACGUCGAACAACAGUAACAGCAUGUAAACACUUUCUGACUCAUCACGCCAGAGUCGAAGGAAUAUCUUCUUAUGGGCUCCGACUGACCAGACUACUCGGACUACAUCCUGACUUCCUGUUUGUGACAGCCAUCAUGUCUCUCUUCUUUUCUGGAGCGGUCACUAGUUCACCAAUAAAAAAGCGUCUGCGGUCUAGCGCCGCCUACCAAAGCCUAGACGUGUCCCUCCUGUCUCCCGACUCCUCGUAUGUGUGUGAUUUGACUGCGCAGGGCAGCAGCCAUCGAUGUUGCUGCCGCCGCUCGCCACGCCUUCUCACCAACGGUUACUACGCCGUCACCGACGACAGCUUCCUCCGGGACGACCAUGGCAAUGUGUCUUUGACGCCAUGCACCGCCAGCGUGUCCUAUAAGGAGAACGUCCACAGAGUGUUCCGGCGUAGACGUAGACCCCGCAGUUCGCUGGUUCGCCUGCUGAGCGGCGUCUCUGAAACCUGCCAGUCUUGGCUGGACCACAAAGUCUUCAGGGGCGUGUUUGGGACAGGCCAGCAACUAGAUCAGGACAGAGACCAAGGCCGUGAGCCUUUAGAAGACUGGGCCAGGACAGAAGGUUUUACCACAUUGGAGGAGCCGAGCUCGUCAGGGCUGGUCAGUCCAGAACCAGACGACAGCUGCAGCUUCUUCACAUACGACCCAACUGAAGCACCGCCCCCCGCAGACAAAGUGGCACAGCCCUCCAAGCAGAUCCUCCUGGAGAUUUGCUCAGAAAUCUGUCAAUCAAAGGAGCACUUUACCCAGUCAAUAGGCGGACUCUCUGAAGUCCCACCUCCUUCUGCCUUCUACACCAAUGACUGCCUUCAGGUGGCACCUGAAUGCACAGCGAUGAAGACUCUUGUGGUCUUCAUGUUGGCCGUGUUCGUGUUGUGGAGCUGCUUUCCGUGGAGCGCGGGCGUGAUGGCGUGCACGGUGCUGGUGGCGUGCGCAAUGCUGGCCGCGUGCACAUUCGUCAGCAGGUCAGGUCAAAUGGGCCGGUGGAGGCAGGCCAAGACGGAGGAUAUUACAUCACGAAACGAGUGACCCAGCGCCGCCUGUUUGCCACCAGAACAGCUACACACACACUUACACUUAGCACUAUUGAGCAUUACUCUCACUUAUUUAAGUUACAUUUAACUUUUUUGAAACAUGUUAAGUGUUUUUAUUCACAUGUGUACUUUAUAGUGUUAUCAAGUUUAAUAUAUUGAAAUCAAUUAUGUGAUGUUUUGAAUGUAAUCAUGUUACUUUUAUACUUUUAUAAGCACCCGUUAAAACCACAAUUAUAUAUUCAGAAUGAUUUGUUUUACCCUCACUAAUCCUGCACCACGUUCCUGGAGAGAUACAAAUUCACGUUUUUCAUUGCAUCUAGAGCAGGGGUCCCCAAACUUUUUGACUCGGGGGCCGCAUUGGGUUAAAAAAAUUUGGCCGGGGGCCAGGCUGUGUAUAUAUAUAUAUAUAUAUAUAUAUAUAUAUA